AUGCCGACCCCGAGGAUUCGGAUGAAACAACCGACUGGCGUAAAGCUGCGGGGAUUAUGGCAGACGCCCUCCUUCACGGAUGCCCAACGGUUCCGUGUCGACGAAGACUACGGACUCAGUAACCACUGGAAUGGCGGCAACCUCAAGAACGCGACGCUCAACCCUCUCCAAGUCAACACCAGCAACAAAAUCGUCCUCGCUCCACACGCGCACGCACACGGCGUUUAUCCUCAAAACUACUUUUACACUCCAGAGAGCAACUGCACCGAUGAUGUGGAGCACAAACUCGGCUGCAGUGACUCGCACUUCGCGUGCAGUUCGUACGAACAUAUCUCGAUCCCAGAGACCUUGAAGAACUAUGAGACUGCUAUGGCGGAAGCGCUGGGGGAUCUCCCCGUCGACUCGGACAUUUCUCUCGUACUUGGCACGUUCAGCGGAGUCUACGGCGUCAUGCAGCCUCACCAAACCGCCGUUCUUGACUAUCUCAUCGACUUUGCGGCUUCGAUUCAAGGCGGAUACUUUUACGCCUUGAAUCCGGAUAGGGAGCGCUAUCUGGAAGACUCGGCGGACGGGGAGGCUGGGACGUUCGCAGUGACACACUAUGGACUUAUGCAGACAACGUCGUGGCAAGUGCCGUACUCUGAUCUACUUGAAGCUUUGCAGAGAAUUCCGUCCAGUGAGAUCCCAUGCUACGGAGGCAAAGAGACGAAGUCUGCAGCCACGCCAGUAAGGGACGUGGCGUCCAUGAUAGUAGGAAUCGUAGUGACAAUGAUAUUCGUAGCAUGA